AUGGUUUCGUCGAAUUGGGGCUAUCCAGACCCGGAAAAACCGUCUGAGGAGUUGUCCCCCAACAAUGAAAUUAUCAUGGCCACUGAUACAGACACAGACGAGGAGGAAAAUCCCUAUAAUGACUAUCAACCUCUCCCAACUAACGAUGUCCCGGAUGUUGAAGGCUCAAAUAGCAGUGAUAAUGAAGAAGGAGCUGUGGCUAACGUUGACUCUUUGCCCCCCAUCACACCCAUGGAAGAAACUCUAGUGAAGGAAGUCUGGACGGGGCCUGCCCCCCAAGCAGUUGAUAUAGUGAUGGACAGCAAUAAAGUGAACGAAGUGAAACAAGCCAUGGUCAAUUUUACGCUACCAGCAAGCUCUAUACCAGAAUGGGCAAAUAACAUUCCAGAGGAGCAGUGGAAACAACAGCUAAUCAAUAGGUUACAAAGCUUGCAGAAAAAAUAGUUUAUUGUUGUAUGUAAUGUAAAUUGUCAUUGUGUAUUUAUUAAUAUUAUUAUUAUUAUAGGAAAUAUAAAAAGUAA